AUGCAGCAGCUGAUGCUGAGGAUGAUUUCUCAGGAGUCCUUGUUGAAGGCGCUAUGCUGCCUGCUCUUAAUGCCAGCUUUGCUAAAUGCAACAUCGCUGGUAAAACUGAAGAAUCCUGCAGGAAAUCCACUUAGUAUUGGUUCUGCUCAGGCACAUGAUUUCUUGACUAACUCUCGCCCAAAGAGGAACCCUGACCCAAAGUGGUACCGUGGAAAUCCUGACUUUCAGUCCUACUACCGCUUCUACAACAGCAUUGGGCACAUUGAGGGAAUCUAUGAGAUCGACAGAAUCCGGAUGCUGUAUCAGCAGAUGCGUCACUUAGAGCUGACUUAUGGCCCGGAUGCUUCCAGCUACCAAAGCGUCAUGGGUGUCCAGACCACUACUGCAGCUCCAACUACAACCACCCAGCCCCCUCCACCUCCCACCACUCCAGCUCCCACACCAGACCCUCUGGCCGACGCUCAGAGGAUCUAUCUGUGUAACCCCAAAGACCCGCUGUGCAAACCUCAGAUAGUCUACCUGCCCACGGGGGCCGUCCCGGUACUGUGCGACCCUCGAUAUAACCCCUUCUGCAGACCACAAACAGAGGAGGAGAUGAAAGCGGCUGCUGCUCCUCCACCACCUCCUCCUCCUCCCAAAAAACCUGACCCACCCCCACCUCCUCCUGCUCCCAAAAAGUCUGACCCACCUCCACCUCCACCUCCUACUAUCAUUAUUAAAGGAAUGGAGUACGACUGUGACCCAUACUGGGACCCCGACUGCCUCAUUGAUCACCCUCCACGCCCCAUUGUAGAAAAAGUCACACCCGAUGCACCUGUUGAAGAAAAAGUGGAAGUGGUGAAAGAGGAAGUUGCAAAAGCUGAGGAAAGCGCUCCUGCAACACCACCUUCUGAGAAGACCCCUUACCCUUACUUCGACCCUUAUGAUUUCACAAGUGACCUUUUUGACCCCUUCAAGUACGCCAGUCCAGAACCUGAUCCAGAGUAA